CCGACGAGAUUACUUUUCAGUGUCUUAGAAAAACAUAAAAAUCGAAUGACAAUGACAAUGUUGAACGGCGAAAGUUCGGAUUUAGCAUUCAUCGAAUUGAAGACCGACAAUCCGUACGAUCUAUUUAAAAUUUGGUACAAAGAAGCCUGCACAUUCUCCACGGGCAUGCCGAAUGCAUUUUGUUUAGCAACAAUGUCAAAGGAUAUGAAAGUUAGCGCGAGACAUUUGAUAUUAAGGAAACUUGAAGCUGAUGGUUUUGUCAUUUUUACUGAUAAUCGUAGCAGAAAAUCGAAAGAAUUGACAGAAGUACCAGAAGCGGCAAUGUGCUUUUUGUGGUCCUACAUUGAUGACAAAAAUCAACAUAUUUCUCGACAAGUCAGAAUAGAGGGAGAGAUGGUUGUAUUGGAGAAGGAGAGCUACGAGGAUCUGUACGAGAAGGACAAACUUUUCUGUAAAAUCCGGUCUUAUAUCUGCCAGCAAGAUCAGGAGGUGAACUGGAAUGACCUGAAAGCACGACACGAUCAAUUACUGAACGAGGUUCGGAUAAAUAAGAAAAGCUUGCCGAUGCCAGACCAUUUCAUUGGCUAUAAAAUGAUGCCAACGUCAAUUGAGUAUUACUAUGCAAGAGACAACUUGAUCGGAGACAGAAUUCUGUUUGAAAAGUCAAGUACGUCAAGCUCAUGGAAGCAUAAAAGAAUCGCUGCCUAAAGUCAUCAUUACAUACUGAGUUACUGAGUUAUACAAAACUAAGCCAUUUUUCAAUUUCAAUUACUGGCUACUAUGAAUUAUCUCAUUUUUUUUGUUU